CUUCCAGCGAUGGCGUCUGCUGAUCUGAGACAGGAGCUGGACUGUUCCAUCUGCCUGAGCAUUUAUACGGAUCCUGUAACCCUGAGAUGUGGCCACAACUUCUGCCGGGUCUGUAUUGAUCGUGUGCUGGAUACACAGGAGGGGGCUGGAGCUUAUACCUGUCCUGACUGCAGAGCAGAGUGUCAGGAGCGUCCUGUACUGCAGAGGAACAUAACGCUGUGUAACAUAGUGGGGAGUUUCCUGUCUACUCGGCCAGAUCAGCAGGAGACUGGGAUCUUCUGCACUUACUGUGUGGACUCUCCUGUACCUGCUGCUAAAUCCUGUCUGCUGUGUGAGGCUUCUCUGUGUGAUAAUCACCUGAGAGUACACAGCAAGUCAGCAGCACACGUCUUAUGUGAUCCCACCACUGCCCUGGGGAACAGGAAAUGCUCCGUCCAUAAGAAGGUCCUGGAGUAUUACUGCACUGAGGACGCUGUCUGUGUUUGUGUGUCCUGCAGUUUGGCUGGAGAACAUCGGGGACACCAUGUGGAGAUGCUGGAUGAGACCUUUGAGAAGAAGAAGGAGAAGCUGAAAGAUGUUCUGCAGAAACUGACCACAAAGAGAGCGGACACUGAGAAAAGAGUCCAGAGUCUGCAGGAGCGCAGGAGGGAAGAUCAGGAAAAAGCAGCUGGUGUAACAGAGACAGUCACUGCCCUGUUUAGAGACAUCAGGAGACAGCUGGAAGACCUGGAGAAGAGAGUCCUGAGUGAGAUCUCCAGACAGGAACAGCGCGUUUCACUCUCAGUCUCUGAUCUGAUCCAGCAGCUGGAAAUAAAGAGGGACGAGCUGUCCGGGAAGAUGUGUCACAUUGAGGAGCUGUGUAACAUGUCUGACCCAGUGACUGUCUUACAGGAACCAGACACAGGGGACUUGUGUGAUACUGAGGACACAGAGAGACAUGAUACCCAGGUCCAUGGUGCAGGAGAUCUGGAUGUGGGUCUCAUCUCAGGGACAUUACACACAUUAUCUGAUAUAAUAACAGGUAUAAAUACAGGGAUCUAUAAACAGGAAGCUACAGACCUAUUACUGGAUGUGACCACAGCUGGUAAUUAUAUACAGAUAUCAGGUGACAGGAAAACUGCAUCCAGGUCACCAAACCAGAAUCGCCCAGUAACACCAGAGAGAUUUCAGUGUAAUCAGGUAAUAAGCACCAGGGGAUUCUCCUCAGGGCGACAUUACUGGGAGGUGGAUGUCAGUAAGUCAGUGAUGUGGGCAGUGGGGAUGUGUUAUCCCAGUAUAGACAGGGGAGGAAAGAAGUCAUACAUUGGAUAUAAUAUCAAGUCCUGGUGUUUGUGGAGGAAGAGGUACAGUAAUCGGUACGUAGUGAUGCAUGACAGUACAGAGAUCUGGGUAGCUGACAAUAUACCCUGUGACAGAGUGAGGGUGUAUCUGGAUUAUGAGGCAGGACAGCUGUCCUUUUAUUCUCUGUGUGACCCCAUCAGACACUUACACACCUACACUGCCGCCCUCACUGAGCCCCUCCAUGCUGUAUUAUGGGUAGGGGUCGGGUGUUUAACUAUAUGUGGAGUAGUCGGGAGUUGGGAGAAAUUACCAUAAGAAAUCUGCCCAGAGACUAGUGACAUCACAGGUAUGAGGAAUGUGAUUGGGGGAACAUUCAGCCAAUAGAAUGAAGCACUGGGUGGAGCUACAGAUGAGCCCCUCCCCCUGUGUACCCAUGUGACCAGUGUGUGGAUGUGUUCACAUGUUGGUGUGCUAUGCUGGGUACACACUGACAGACAUAUCACCCACCCAGCUGUGAUGUCAGCACCGACAUAUCUAACGGCCAAUUGGUCAGUCCGUAUACUGUAGCUUACCUCAUCCACUGCGCUGUCGGUGCGAUGGUGUGUCGGCAGACAUGUCGUUGAGGUGUGUAACCAGUCUUAGAGACUGUCAUUAUAAAUACAGUAUAUACAUAUACAACUCUGUGGGAUUUCUCCGUCUUUGAUUCACUGACAGCUGUGAUUGGCUGCAAUAUCUGUCUGUCAGCCAGUGUGUACCCUAUCAAUGUAAUCAGUGCUACGCUUGCUCCUAUUGGCUGUGAAAUAUA